GGCCCCGAGCACAGCUGCGCCGCCCCAGUCUCAUCGCCCGCGUUGGGGCGCGGAGAGCGCCGUAUGCGGCGGUUCUGCUGCGAGACGCGUUUGAAGUUCGAGCUCUGGACCCUGGGAACGCUGACUCGUGUUAAACUUUUUUUUGCACCGAUUUUUCUCUUCACGGGAACAGUAAUUCUCACAAUAGCCCUCUGACGUACUUACCAAUGAGGCAGGAGGCCUGAGAGAAAUAAACUGCUUUGGAACACGAAGGCCACCAAGGAAUUAAGGUCGAAAGACACACCAAAAAGAACAGAAGCAAUUGGGACCUCUCUCUUCCCAUCACGGAGGAAAAGAGGAAAACUCGGGAGUUUAAGUUAAAAAAAAAAAAUGGAACCUUGUUCCUGUGACACUUUUGUGGCAUUACCUCCAGCAACAGUUGAAAAUAGGAUUAUUUUUGGAAAAAAUUCAGAUAGACCCUGUGAUGAAGUACAAGAGGUAAUUUAUUUUCCUGCUGCAGUUCACGAUAACCUGAGAGGACAUCUUAAGUGUACUUACAUAGAAAUUGAUCAAGUUCCUGAAACAUAUGCUGUUGUUCUCAGUCGCCCAGCUUGGUUGUGGGGUGCAGAAAUGGGAGCCAAUGAACAUGGAGUUUGCAUUGGGAAUGAAGCUGUUUGGGGAAGAGAAGAAGUUUGUGAUGAAGAGGCGCUACUGGGCAUGGACCUUGUCAGACUUGGCCUUGAAAGAGCUGAUACAGCUGAAAAAGCUCUUGACAUCAUUGUUGAUUUAUUAGAAAAAUACGGCCAAGGUGGAAAUUGUUCAGAGGAUGGUGUGACAUUUAGCUAUCACAACAGUUUCCUGAUAGCUGAUAGGAAGGAAGCCUGGAUUCUGGAGACUGCAGGGAAGUACUGGGCAGCAGAAAAAGUACAAGAGGGAGUUCGUAAUAUUUCUAAUCAGCUUUCUAUAACGACCAAGAUUGAUCGGGAACACCCAGACAUGAGAAACUAUGCUAAGCAGAAAGGUUGGUGGGAUGGUAAAAAGGAGUUUGAUUUUGCAGCAACAUAUUCUUAUAUUGACACAACCAAGAUGACAAUUUCACCAGGCAGAUACUGUGAAGGCUACAAACUUCUGAAUAAACACAAAGGAAACAUAACUUUUGAAACAAUGAUGGAAAUUCUCCGAGAUAAACCAAGUGGCAUUAAUAUGGAGGGAGAAUUCCUGACCACUGCAAGCAUGGUUUCUAUUUUACCUCAAGAUUCCAACUUUCCUUGCAUUCACUUCUUCACUGGGACUCCUGAUCCUGAGAGAUCUGUCUUUAAGCCUUUCAUAUUUGUGCCAAAUAUUUCACAACUACUGGACACCAGUUCACCAACAUUUGAAGUUGAAGACCCAGUUAAAAAGAAGCCACAUUUUAAGACUAAACUUGACAGAAGACACCCACUCUACCAAGAGCAUCAACAGGCAUUGAAAGUAAUAGAUAAGAAGGAGGAAAAAUCCGAAACAAUGUUGGAGAACAUGAGAAGUCUGGAGAAAGAACUAUUCAAAGAGAUGGAAUCAAUCCUUCAAAACAAGCAUCUUGAUGUGGAUAAAAUUGUUAAUCUUUUUCCUCAGUGUGCAAAAGAUGAAAUUCAAAUUUAUAAGUUAAAUAUUAGUUCUAAAUGAUCAUCUAAAUGGUCAACAAUCUUCCUCAAAGUCAGAAUCAAUCACUGUGGUAAAUGAUAUGAACCUAGUUUGAGUAGAUAUGAUUAUUCUUUAAUAUCAUUCAAGUGAUAGCUUGACUAUUAAAACUGCAUAUAAUUGCUGAAAUAACAAGAAAAUAACAUUGAAAUUAGACACAUAUAUUAUGGGAUAGCCAGUUGUUACAUCAGGUACUGACCCAUGUUAUUUUUUUUUGUAGCUACAAUAACUUUUUUCAAAUAACAUAUUCAAUUCUUCAUAAAGCAUGAAACAUUAAAAUAAUUAAUGGAUUUAAGUUUA